GCAGUACCUUGUAGACACUCGAAUCUGAUAAUCUUUGGAGGUGAUGGAGAAUUCGCAGUCGUCGAGGUGCAAGUCACACGUGGAAAGGAAAAGAAGGAGGUGGAACAAAAGCAGAGGUCCAGAUUGCUUUCUUUGGAGAAGCAAGUCAAUGAGCAAAUGCAGAAAGAGGCAGCCCAUGCCAAGACUUAGUCUGAACGCAAGUCUAGAGGCAAAUGGAGAGCAAAGAGGCAACCAAUACGGAGCGGUAAUGCUCAAAAGCGCUCGAAAAACUGAAAUCGGAGCACCAGACCAUGGAGAGGAAAUGGAAGCUGAGGAUCGAAGAGUUGGAUUGGAGCAGAGAUUGCGAAAGGAAGUGGGCUCAGGAGAAGUAAGGGAGUACUCUUACAAGGAGCUUCAGGAUGCGACCGACAAUUUUGACGGCACCUGCAUGGUAGGCGAUGGGGAUCAAAUUGGAAGUAAUAUAAUUUACCGUCGGAAACUAUGCGUGGUUACCGCAAUCACAGUGAAGCAGCUCGGUGACACGGAUGAUGGGCCCAAGCUUCAUCCCUCCGAGUUCUGGACAAAGGUCGUCGACAGGUUGAAGGCGCUGAGGCAUCCCCAUUCACUUACUCUGUUGAGAGCCUGUUACGAGGAGAAGUGUCUCGUUUAUGAGCACAUGGAAAAUGGAAGCGUCAAGGACUGCAUCACCUGUGGAGAGGGGCAAGGAAGGAGGCCUUUGCCGUGGUACGUUCGCUUCCGCGGUAUGGCAGAGGUCGCCCGCGCGGUGAGCUUCCUUCACUCGAAUUCACCUGCCACGGGUGGUCCUAUCAUCCACCGUGCCAUCAAGCCGGCAAACAUUUUCCUCGACGAACGCUUCGCAGCCAAGCUCGGUGAGGUGGAUCAGGCGUUGCUCGUCUCCGAUCAGACACGAGGAGUGCAGAGAGGGGCCGGAGAAACUUCCAUGCGGCUUUUCCUGGGAAGUAACUCUCAGUACAUAGCUCCAGAGUAUUUUCAGUGCGGUGUCCUGAAUGAGAAGACGGACAUCUACGCGUUGGGUAUCACUGUCUUGGAGAUGCUGACAGGAAAGUUCUGGAACGCACUCGGCAUCGUAGAGGACGCUAUUGAAGACGAGGCAGCUUUCAAGAAUGCUCUCGACCCGAAUGCGGGCUGCUGGGAUAUUGCUCUGGCUCGGGAAAUCGACAGCUUGGGGCUGAGCUGAGCCAGUUUCAGUAAGCGUUGUCGGCCAAACAAGGUGUCCGAUGGGAUUCUGCCUUGUGCUUGAGCAA